UGAGACAUAGCGGAGAGUGGGGGGAAAAAGGAGAGGAGGGGGUAGAAGAAAGAGGAAUUAUAAAAGAAAAGGAAGAAAGAGACAGGGAGGGAGGGAGAGAGAGCGAGUGCGCGAUAAAAAAAGAAAGAUGACAUCCUGUGAAUUGAAGCGCCGAGGUGGAGUGGCGGGCUGCGGCCGGGCUCGAGUGUUAUUCGCCGGGGUCAGAGCUUGAAUCCAACUGCGAGGCUUCGACAAACACCCGAUUGGCCUGUCGGUGGGAAUCGAGGAAGAAGAAAAAAAACCCCCACUGAUUUAUGUAUAGCAAGAUUUAAGUUUGACGAAUUCAAAUACGUCAAACGCAUUACGUGUAACCGUUUUUUUAACGUCUAAAUGCAACAACUCCUGUUUUAUAAUGCAUGAUGUAAGAGUGUAGACAUCGAAAUAACAUUAUUGAUUUCGUGUGCAGAUAUAGAUUUUUUUUUUUAAGUCAUGCAAAAUAAUAAAUACUAGGUUUUUUAUUUUUUAUUUAUUUUUUUUUGUUUUUGUGAUGGCUCGGUAAUAAGGGUUACAAUUUAAUUGAAGUGAAUACUGAAUUGUGUGCAUUAUUGCCUGGUAAUCUGGGCCAGUGAUUAAAUAAACAGGAAGAGAUUUUAAACAUGUUAUCAAGGAGAACAGUUUAAAGCACGUUCAGUAUUUGCAAACUAUAGACGAUUGUAAGGAUGUCAACGGUGCGCUAUUAAUCUUGAUUGUGUGGUUGAUUAUAACAUUCAUCGCUUUGGAACAAAAUGGAUGCCGCGUGGAGCAAUUUUCUCUUUCAGACCACACCUUCUCAGACCCAAGUGGAGGGUUCCCUCCAAUCAGAACUUCUGUCUGUCCACACGACCUCUCCUCAAACCCCACCCAACGAGCACAUAGCUCCGCCCCCAUCGACAGUGGACACUGCUGCUCUCAAUGAGGACCCAGUACCUGUAAAGCCAGUGUCCAGACCGACCCGUGCAGCUCAUAUCUGCUCUAUAUGCAGCAAGCAGUUUAAGAACAGCUACAACCUGCGGCGUCACCAGUCCGUCCACACUGGUAUUCGCAUGAAAGGGGGCUCCCAGAGCAGAGAGGCUGUGGCCAAAGAGAGUACAGAAAGACACACUGUCCCACUCUCUCUCCUCCACCUCUCCAUACCCCAGCAGCAUCCCCAAACGCUGCCUUCUGCUGCCAUGCUGCCCCCUCCCCACACACAAGUCCUGCACACUCAAGAUGGAAAUGAAGUUGCUAUGGAGAGCGUGGUCUCCACUGUGACCGCCCUCCCUCCACCUGCUGCAGUUGUCAUGGCAACAGGGGAGCCUUUACAGAGGCCAGUAAACCAGAAUCCCAACCCUGUGCGAAAAAACCACGCUUGUGAGACCUGUGGGAAAGCCUUCAGGGAUGUGUACCACCUGAACAGACACAGGCUCUCCCACUCAGAUGAGAAGCCAUUCUCCUGCCCGAUCUGCCAGCAGCGCUUCAAGAGGAAGGACCGUAUGAGCCACCACGUCAGAUCCCAUCAGGGAGGAGUGGAGAAACCCUAUGUGUGCCCGCACUGUGCUAAAGCUUUCUCACGGCCUGACCAUCUUAACAGUCAUGUCAGACAGGUCCAUUCUACAGAAAGACCCUUCAAAUGUCCGACGUGUGAAUCGAGCUUUGCCACACGAGACAGACUGCGCGCUCACAUGAUCAGACAUGAAGAGAAGGUUCCGUGUCACAUCUGUGGGAAACUGCUGUCUGCUGCUUACAUCACGGAUCACAUGAGGGUGCACAACCAAUCACAGCAUCACUCCUGCCAUCUCUGCAACCGCAGUUUCACCACGCUGACGUACCUACGCGUUCAUGCUCAAAAGCACCACGGUCAGGAGUGGAAGGAGAGCGCAGGAGGGUUUGGCACCACGGGUUCUGGAGGUGUCCUGGUUUGCCAGCUCUGUGGUGUGCACUGCAAGACCCCUACCCAGCUGCAAGGUCACAUGGGUACCCACAAUCCUCCCACGAGUGACCCCAACCCUGUCACUGCCACCAGCGAAGCAGUUCCAGGAAGCACAAUCACCCUGUGCAACAUGGUUUCGGCACCGACAGUGUUCGUGAGUGGAAACACAGUUGUGGAUCUGCUUGUCACCGACUGCUCCAGCAUCAUCCCGCAACCUCAAAGCUAGCAGAGCAGGCCUGUAGUGCACACAUGCUAGUAACUAUAUUCGCAAAUACAACACAGCUAAAUAAGUAGCUGUUACCCAUUCACCUGUAUGACUCAAAACAGCAAUUUAUGAUCGUAAACACUAAAGAACCACAAGAAGCCAAGGAGAAACCUAAAAAAAAAAAAAAAAAGGCAUUCUAAGUGGAUGUUGAUCACAUUUUUAAUGACAUGCACACACAGAAACACACAUGUAAUGACAAAUACUGUAGCAUGAUAUAUUUUGAUAAAACACCUCUCAAUGAUGCACACAAUAAGACGGGAGAAUUCAAUGAAUAGUUGCGCCACAUUUGUGCGUGGUAUUUCCUGCAUUUUAUUCACUAAACACCCGUAAUCCAUUUUAACCAGGCACAAAAUGCACUGAAUUGGCACUGCGCUGUAUUCAAAUUGAGUCAUUUUCAUUCUAUGUAGCGCAAACACAGCUCAUUUCUAUGUAAAUUAGGCUUUAUUAUUUACUAAAUGAAGCGCUAUUUGCUUGCCACAAUUACGUUAGGACCGCCCACUGGAAAGCAGACGGUAAACUGAAUUUUAUUAAAAAGAGAUGUUUGUGUACAUUUUCUAGGAAUAAUGGCAGCAGUAAUUCAUCAAAUGAAGAUGCAAUUAUGGAGAAGAGCGUUAUAACCAGGCAUAUAGACAGACAUGUGUAUAGUCAAGCGCACUUGUAGCAUUUUAAAGAGCCAAUUCAGGUGUCUGGAUCGCAGUGGUGGAGCGGUGCAGUACAUACCCAAAGUAUGCAAGAUCACGGUAUCUUCCACAACAUAUCACUUUAAACCAAUCCGCAAAAUCGGGAAUUAUGUCUCACAAAUUACAUUCAGCAAAAAAGUUUUGGAUGUGUUUGAGCCAUUACCUGAUUUGCAUAAUUUCUUUAGUGAAUCGGGUGCUUAAACAACGCAGACAGCGCAUUCAAAUAAACCACGCUAUCAACAAGCGCAAUUUAUUCUUAGUGAAUUCCCCCCCAUAGUUGCUUUACACUUAGCCCUCCCAAAACCAUGUAGUUAUCCAAGUAAUAUGUACAUUUUCUUGUCUAGCUGAGAGGGCAGGAGGACAGUAUUUUGUCUUCCUAAAAUAUCUUGGAUUGACAAGAAGGAUCAGGGCAUGAAGGUGGAAAAGGAGACAAGCAGAGACUUUGAGAGCAGCAUUUUUAUUUUAAUACUAUUAUAAAAAUCGCCAUGUUGCACUGGAUGGAUGCACUCUUCGUUUUCUUCUUUUCUCCCUUUCACCUUCUCAUUUCUCAUGGCUGCAGGACUCUUUGAUGAUACUGUGAUUGUGUAUUUCUACUGUAUUUCCUCUGCUUGUAAUAUGAUUUCCUAUUUGUUUGCCAGACCUUUCUCUUCCACCACCAUGAACUGGCCCCAAGAUACAUUCAUAUGUCAUAAUAUCUGACUCUGGUCAAAAACAAAAAGCAGAAAAAACGAGAGGUUUAAUGAGAGGAAAGUUACAGAGAUAACGUCAUGUUUUGUUAUGAACAGAAACACACAGGCAAAGUUUCUGUUUGUGUGUACCUGGUAGUGUCGGUACAGUACUGGCCAAUUAAUGAAACUCAUGUGUCUGUUUAUGUCAGUGUGACUCUGAAUUUGUUGUCAACUAUCCAGACUACCAUUAUUCUAAAGAGAUGUUCAAACUGACUGGAUGAAAAAGUGACCGGAGAAAAUUCAUUUUCAGUGAGAGCGACUGCCGGUGACGCGAUAUGGGCCUGUCCAGCAAAACCGAUCGCACUGUGAAUUCGGUGAUAGCAGGUCGAAAGUUUUGCUGCUGAAAUCAGUCUGUGUACCGAAAUGCAAAUAACUGCCCCCAGUGGCCUAAGCUGGAAGUGUUGUUGAACAUAAGGGCAUGUGUGAGUUCCAGUUUCUGGAGAAGGAUAUCGCUGCAGGCAUUGCUCCAAAAUGGGGCAGGAGCUCCAAACUGCCAUUAAAGAUAUAGGUAGCUUCUUACUCAAUCAACACUUUCCCUAACCUUUACUGUGAGUGAAAGUGACGCCCCCUUUUGGAGUUGCCGCAACCCCAUUUUGGAGUAACCCCACCCUCUUUUUGAGAUUCCACCCACAUUUGGAGGUCUCCAGCCUGCAGCUAUACCUACUUGGGUUUCCAGGUAAAAAGUCCACAGAUUGGCACCAAAGGCGAGGUUUUUUUUUAGCUGUAUAUGAUGUAAUACUGUCAACAGGAAUGCAUGUUUUUUAAACCAUGCAGCCUAACCCCAACCCUAAACUAAAAAUGUAAUUUUAGAGCGAUAAUGCAAUGUUUAUGUGAACGCGAUUGCUUCCUGCUAUCUCAGAGGUUGCUUUCACAGUAGCACCACAGGGAAAGGUGAUCACAUUUGAAAUUAUGCAAAAAUGUCUGAUGGGGAAUGCCGCUUUAACAGAAAUUUGGCAGAUUGGGGUUGAUUUCAUUGUGAAUGAACAUUCAGAAGCAACAUGUUGAUUAACCGCGUGAUCACGUUGGUCAAGUGACUUGACAAAGUUGAGAAAAGUUGACAUUUAUGCAAAUGAGCAGCAAUGCGAAAAGGCAACUAGCAAUAGGAGUCAAGACAACUGGAGCUCACCUGAUCCGUGGGUAGGUUUGAUUCCUGCAUUGAUAAUCGUUCAUCUUGCUCAUUUUAUGAUGCGUUAUGCACAGCUGCGAUUUAUAUACAAAUGCUUUCUCCAGCAGAAUGUUCAUUUUUAUCUGCAGAAAAAUUUAUGCUUUGUCAAAAGAGAAUGACAUCUUAUUUUCAAAUGCUAUGGCCAGUUAUGAAGCCCACAAAUAAUGUUAUAGCGACCAGCAAUGGGAACACCUAAUAGCGUCCAAUGGAAAAGAUCUGUCUUCAGUAAUUUUUUGAAGAUUGCAAUUGAUUUUGGGUUAAGGUUAGGACAGUGAGUGGUACCUUCCUGCGAUGGCACCACAAGGCGUCACUUGGGGACAGAACUGAAAAAAAGCAGGAUAUGGAAAUCUAAAUGAAAAUACUCAAUGUUGUUUUUAUGUUAAUUUUACAGCAGGAUAGUAGUUGCUAGCUUCUAUGAAAGGCCUAUCCAAAAAGUUUUACAAUAGCCACUUUAACACACAGAACUUAAAUCGCAGUAACAUUGCCAGAUUGCCUUUUCUGGUAAAUGUACCACAUCUGCUAUUCCCAUAUGCAAUGACUUUCCUUCAUUUAUCUGUUUUACUACCAUUCAUACUCCAGCAUCAAAAUGCUGUUAAACUCUGUGAUGUCUUUUGCCGGAAAGGAUUUUGGUCAUAUGUAUACCUCGUUCACGAAAGAUGGUAGUUAACGGAAUCAAUUCCUGUUCCUGCAAGCUGCUGACAAAUUUCUUUAUCCACUCGGAUGUAGUAGCGCUUUAGCUUCACAAUCUGUCCAAUUUUACAAUUACAACAGUAAUCGUGUCAACUCUCUCAGAACUUUGUGAUUGGCCCAAAGCAAACUUCUUACGUCAGCGCGUCCUGACCACGUACAUGCUCAAACCGUUAAAUCUUACGGCUUUGCUCACACGUAGCAUCAAAACAAAACUUUUUCAGUAAUGUUACAAUCACUCAUUUUGAGAAAUUGCCAGAGCUGAUUUACCGUAAUUCCCAAUGGGUUCUGUUCACACAUGACCUCUAAUUGGAAAAAUUGCGUUAAUUAUCUAGAAAGAGCUCGAAGUGUGGAAGCGCCUAAUGUAAACAUUUUGGGGUGAAUUCACAAAACAGUUGCACCACUUUUGCGUGUUGUAUUUUGGCACAGAAAGCUGCGUCUUGUUGACUAACCCCCACGUGUUUGUGUGCUGAAAUUGCGCUGCGUCUUGUGUAUUUAAAUUGAGUAAUUGUCUUUUUUUUUUUUUUCGUGCAAACACACCUCUUUUCUAUGCAAAUUAGGCCCACUAUAGAUUGCGCUUCAGUCACAAAAAUUGCCCGGCACUAUUUACAUUGCGCUAUAACCCCUUGAUGAAAGCAAGCGGUGAAGUAUAUUUUAUUUAAAAGAGAUGUUUGUGUACAUUUUCUAUCAAUUAUAUCUGCAGUAAUUUAUCAAAUGAUGGAGAAGAGCGCUAUAACCUGGCAUAUUUCCAAAUGAGCGGUGAAGUUUAGAGCACUUUCGACAUGUUUAAGAGAUGAUUUGGGUGUCUGGAUCACAGUAGCUUGGUUUCCAUCCAACUAUUUUUUUGCACUUUUUGAAAUUGCGCAUGAGAAAUCUUGAAUGGAAACGCUUGACAAGCAAAUAAACUCAGAAUUCGCUUAAUUUAUUGUUCUAGGAGGAGGUGGAUUUUUUAGAGUUUCGCAUUAUAUAAAAUGUGCAUUUAGGUGAUGGAAACAGUUUAUCCGCAAAAUGAUUACGUGUUUUAACCAUUAGUGCAUGUGUUAAGAGUUUGCGAUAGCUUGAUUUGGCUGGCCUAACGAAAGGUCAGACUUUGGCUUACAAUUCUUCGAACAUAGACCUUAACAUUCUGAAGUGUUUAACCCACAGCUGGUUGUUAAAGUGAGUCCUUGCAAUCUGCCAGAACGGUUUUGAACGCGGGUGCUUCAAAGUAUAUGAAGGCUGGUGGCGUGUGGGCAUCGCAGCCAUUUCAGCCCUCACUAUAAUUCAAAUAACACUGUUAUUCUUCGGUGUCUCCUGGCAGCAUUUAGUAAAAAAAGGUACAAUUGCUCCAAUCCUGCAAAUAAAACUCUCCCUGAAUCAUAAGGUCAUUCAGCUGCUUCAUCAUGACAAGACGGCUCACUCAUGAUAAUGCGCAUGACUUCGUGGAUAGAAACAUGCACCGAUUUGGAAUUUCUUUUGUCACAUUUUUAGAAAUGCUCUUAAAUGUUAUUUAUUCUUAGUGAAUUCCCCCCUUUACCUUUUUGCUGGACUUUGAGUGAAAGAUCUGUGAUUGGUUACUAUUCAUCAAUAACACUGAUUUAGGUGUUGAACAGAAGUUUAAUGGACUUUUGUGACAUUUUAAACAAACCACCAAUUGACAUAUUUAUAAUUUGGCCAUGACUGUACUGUGGGAGAUUGGUAGGUGUUUAGUGAAUGAAAAUGUACAUGUUUUUCUUCCUCUCUGAUUCUCUCUGAUUUUUCUGAUGUCUAAUCUGUUUCCAUCCAGAGGAGAACUUGAUUGAAAACUGUGAAUCCUCUGCCUGACUUUUCUUGAGAAACAGAUGUUGGGUGCUGAACUAAGAUAUUCAAAGAGAGGGAUAUUUGGAUCAAAUGUUUAAAAGCGAUGCGGUUUACCUUUAAACGUUGUUUUUCAUUGCAACAGGCCAUUAAAGAAAAGGAGUGCAACUGUUGUUACUGCUUCCACUAAGAAUUACACGAAAACGUUUGUUUGUAGAAGAUUGUUUUAAAAAAAAAAUCUGUUGUGAAUGUGUGAAUGGUGUGUUUUACAGAAGGGCUUAAUCAUGCACGCUCAAGUGAAAUUAAGAGUAACACACAGAAAUAAAACACUACUAGCUCAAGUGUCAAAGUUGUCAAAAACAAUGGAGAAAAAGAAGAGUUGACUUGGUUUUGUACUGGAGUGAUUUGUUUGAUCAGUUUAGUGUUGGUACUGUAUACUGGUAUAUCUGGUUAUUCAUGAACUUAAUUUUAAUAUAAAAAUGUGUUCUUUCUGUCUAGAAAUGUAGUUGUUUUUAUAAGGUUCCGAUCAUAUUUAGGAUCUUCUUUUUAAGUUAGCUUUAAGCUGAAAUACUGUAAUACCUCUAAUCUCUGUACAGCUCUGGCAAUGCAUCAAAAUGCCUUAUUGUAUUCUACAACAUUUAAUUCGUCAAACUCUAAAACUAUUUUAAAUUAUAGUUAACGAACCAUUUAAUAGGAAAGAAAAAUAAUAAUGGGAUGUAUUUAUAUUUAUAUUUUUGUAUUUCUCCGCAGUAUGCAUGUCUGUAAACAGAGCAAAACAAAAUGUUGAUGCUUACCAUGAUCAUGAAUAUUAUGUUAUUAUUUUGUAGAUUAUGUAGAUCAUGUUAUCAUUUUGUAAUUUUGACUAUUAAAAGGAAAUGGAGUAAUCAUA